AUGAGUACUUCCUGCUCCGCACCGACGUCGCUGCUGCAGAAAUACACGGUUGACAUACGACAGUUGGCUUACGGAGGAACUGUCGAUAUGUUCCACGAAUGUCUUCACGUCGGCGAUACUACUGGACGCAAGUGUCUGAAGAAUUUCUGUCAGGGAGUGAGAGAGACAUUCGGUGACACCUAUCUGCGGAAGCCAACUGUAGCUGAUUGCCAGUACUUGUUGGAUUUAGACAGGAGGACGCACAACUUCCCAAGAAUGUUGGGAAGCAUAGAUUAUAUGCACUGGCAGUGGAAGAAUAGCCCAGCGGCGUGGAGAGGCCAGUUUAACCGGGUUCAAAGGUCGAAUAAUGACCUCAACGUCCUGCAGUCCUCGCCAUUCUUUAGUCAGCAAUGCAAGGGUUUAGGCCCAGCCAUCUACUUCACUGUCAACGGCAAUCCCUAUAAGAUGGGUUACUACUUGGCUGAUGGCAUCUACCCGUCGUGGCCCGUUUUUUCUAAGAUGAUCAGAUGCCCAACUGAGUCGAAGAGGGCUUAUUUUACCCAAAAUCAAGAGGUCGCUCGAAAGGAUGUGGAGCAGGCUUUUAGUGUGCUCCAAGCGUGUUAG